CACGUAGUUGGAGCUAGGGAGCUGAGCAGCACAGUUAUUGCAAUCACGUUGAACGUGCCACUGUCUGUGGCAGUGGCAUCGUCCGGACUGUGUGUGAGAGAGGAAGACAUCAAACGACAGUAGUGGUAAGGGAAGGUUUAUAAAAUGUUACAGCGCGGCUUUCUCAACACCUCAACUGUGGCAGUGUCUUCACAAUGUGUUGGAUUCUCUUUUGGAGCAAUGGCUAUGUGAUUGCGGGUUCCUUUUGAGUGCGUUCCAGAGAGGAAAAGGCUCCAAUUAUCAACUGCAGGUGUGAAGUAGACGUGUUCUGACACCUUGGCAACCAGCAAUCACAAUCCAUCCGUCUGUCUGCUGAAGGAUACACUUGCUCGUUAAACACCAUCUCUUCUCUUGAACCCCCCCAGUUUAUUCAGUGAAUGGUGGACAAGGCUGGUGGAUGGUGGACAACGCUGGUGGAUGGUGGACAACGCUGGUGGAUGGUGGACAACGCUUCUUCUUGAGUCUUUUCCAGUAAAAUUUCAACAAACAAAUUGUAUCAAAAAAGAUGCGACUGAACUGUCCCCCCAUGUGGAGUGUGAUUAGCGUGUUGACUGUGCUCGUACCCCUUUGGGAGAUGGGUUGCUCUGGCCUGACCUUGAACUCAGUGCCCCUGCAUCAGGUCGGAAUGUACCAAAGGAGCGGCGAAGGGGGGGCACACCACAGGCAGAGGCGCAGCUGGGUGUGGAACCAGUUCUUUGUGCUGGAGGAGUACAUGGGGGACGAGCCACUCUACGUGGGCAAGCUUCACUCGGACGUGGACAAGGGUGAAGGGCAGGUGAAGUACGUACUCAAUGGAGAGGGAGCUACCUCCAUCUUCACCAUCGACGAGAACACGGGUGACAUCCACGCCACCAAGCGUCUGGACCGCGAGGAGCAACCUUACUACACGCUCCGGGCUCAGGCCAGGCACCGCCACACCAACCUGCCCGUGGAGCCAGAGUCUGAGUUCGUCAUCAAGGUCCAGGAUAUUAACGACAAUGAGCCAAAGUUCCUGGAUGGACCCUACUCAGCCAGGGUCCCCGAGAUGUCCCCAGUGGGCACAUCUGUGGUGACGGUGGUGGCGACUGACGCAGAUGACCCCACAUAUGGAAACAGUGCCAGGGUGGUCUACAGUAUCCUUGAGGGCCAGCCCUACUUCUCCGUGGAACCAAGAACAGGCGUGGUCAGGACGGCUCUGCCCAACAUGGACCGCGAGGCCAGGGACCAGUAUCUGCUCGUCAUUCAGGCCAAGGACAUGGUGGGUCAGAUGGGAGGACUCUCCGGGACCACCUCUGUCACGGUGACGCUCACUGACGUCAACGACAACCCACCACACUUCUCUCGCAAGAGUUAUCAAUUCAGCGUGCCCGAGUCCCUGCCGGUGGCCACGACAGUAGCCAAGAUAAAGGCGCUAGACUCAGAUGUGGGACCCAAUGCUGAGAUGGAAUACAGGAUCGUGGAUGGGGACGGCCUGGGACUGUUCCGAAUCACCCCCGAUCCAGACACACAGGAGGGCCUCAUCACUCUGCAAAAGGGCCUGGACUUUGAGACCAAGUCGAGCUACACCCUGCGUGUCGAGGCGUCCAAUAGAAACAUCGACCUGCGAUUCCUGUCCCUGGGGCCGUUUAGCGACACAGCGACAGUGCGCCUCAACGUGCAGAACGUGGACGAGCCGCCCGUCUUCUCCUCGCCGUUCAGCAAGAUGGUAAUCUCGGAGGAGGCAACGGUAGGCACCACCAUCGGGACCAUCUUCGCACACGACCCAGACUCCAGCAACAGUCCCAUCAGAUACUCUAUAGACCGCAACACCGACUUGGAGCGUUUCUUCAACAUAGACGCCACCACCGGUGUCAUCAGCACCGCCAAGCCCCUGGACAGAGAAGUUAACGCCGUACACAACAUCACCAUCUUUGCCACGGAGAUCCUGGACCCAUUGCAAGUGGGAAAGGGUGUAGUUCUGAUCACAGUGACGGACAUCAAUGACAACGCGCCUGUCUUCGCCAUCGAGUAUGAGACCUACCUCUGUGAGAGUGCCAGACCUGGACAGGUCAUUGAGACCAUCAGUGCUGUUGACCGAGACCAGCCUCAGAGUGGACACCGCUUCUUCUUCUCCCUGACCACUGAGGCUGCUGGGAAUCUCAACUUCACCCUGAGAGACAACAAAGACAACACGGCUUCUGUGCUGACCAAGCGAGGGGGUUUCCAGCGCCGCCACCAGAACGUGUACCGCCUCCCCGUCCUCAUCAUGGACAAUGGGAGCCCCGCCCUCAGCAGCACCAACACCCUGUCCAUCCGGGUGUGCGACUGUGACCCUGAUGGGAUCCCCCAGUCGUGUGGGAGUGAGAACUCCAUGCUCUCAGCGGGCCUCAGCACCGGGGCCCUCAUUGCCAUCCUGGCCUGCAUCCUCACACUACUGGUGCUGGUCCUGUUGAUCAUCACCAUGCAGCGACGGAGGAAGAAGGAGCCCUUGAUCCUGGACGAGGAGCGUGACGUGCGCGAGAACAUUGUGCGCUACGACGACGAGGGCGGCGGCGAGGAGGACACCGAGGCCUUUGACAUGGUCGCUUUGCGCAACCUCAACGUAGUCCGUGAGAGCGGCAGCAAGAACCGCCGUGAUGUCACCCCAGAAGUGCCCACCCUCUUCUCAUCUUCCCGGCCACCGCCGGACAACGGCAUCUUCCGCGAGUUCAUCUGGGACCGGCUGAAGGAGGCCGACGUGGACCUGUCAGCACCGCCCUACGACUCACUGCAGACGUACGCCUUCGAGGGCAGCGGCUCAGCCGCAGAGUCACUCAGCUCGCUGGAUUCCCUGAGCAUGGACUCAGAGCAGAACUACGACUACCUCAGCGACUGGGGGCCGCGCUUCAAGAAACUGGCAGACCUCUAUGGCCACAGCGACGGCGGCAACCUCUUCGUCUCUUAGCCCUCGGUUGAGCCCCGCCGAACCAUCAGCGCGGACAACAGAACAAACAAGUGAAGUAAACAGAAGGAUAUGAUUAAGGAUACAAGAAAGGACAUUUUAGAUGACGAUAGGAUGAUGCUGUACUCUGAGAGGACAUUUUAUUGGUGUGUAUAAAUGCAUCAAUGUGGGUUGAGAAUUAACUGUAGGAUGGUGGUUUUCCAUUCAAAAUGCUUGUUUUGGGCACUCUGCAUACUGGCUGGAUUUUUCAAAGGAUCACAUUUUGGAGAUUUUGUUAGUAAUGUUUUAUCAUGAAAUGAUGCAAAGCUUAAAACGUUGGGACGGCCUCCAGACCCGUUGGAAGAACCUCAACGCACUAAUGUCCAGACAUUCUCAUGUCACAGUGACAUUCAAACGGAACAAGGAGUGAACCGAUAUCUAUGCUUCAGUGGUGUUACAACAGUGACAUUUUCAAGUACAACAUCUUGUCAUGGUGAAAUGAGUAGCCUGACCUCUUCAACUGGCCCUGUAGUCUGUCCCAGGGUUCACUAUGAUCUGUAACAUUUGUUUCAAACUGAUAUUUAGGGGUUCACAGCUUUGCUGUAAAAUCGAUUGUUAUUCUCAUGUUAUAAUGUUUUCCUUGACAUGGUAAAAUAAGUCAAGCAUAGAUUGAUAACUUUUGCUUGAAUUCGGCACACAAAAACUGGAGGCCAUGAGUAACUUGAUCUAAAAUAAUGGUACUGAUUGACCUAUAGGUGGCGCUGUUACACUGUCUCAUUUAAACCCUCAUAUCCGCCGCCCAGUAUGACCUACAGACUUUAAAAUUUGUAUUUUUAUUUUUUUUAUUUUACCUUUAUUUAACCAGGCAAGUCAGUUAAGAACAAAUUCUUAUUUUCAAUGACGGCCUGGGAACAGUGAGUUAACUGCCUGUUCAGGGGCAGAACGACAGAUUUGUACCUUGUCAGCUCAGGGGUUUGAACUCGCAACCUUCCGGUUACUAGUCCAACGCUCUAACCACUAGACUACCCUGCCGCCCCAUGUAUGUAGGUGUCUUUCCUCAUACUGAACAAAUUUACCUCAAGGACACAUAAGGCCAGCCAGGAUAGAUUUUCCUACAUCUUGGACAUUUUGGAAAAUCUUUGAAAACCGUAUACUCAUGAUAAAAAUAACAUAAAUAAGGGAUUGGUUAACAGGGCUGAGUAAUUAUUAAAUCUAGAAAUCUGAUUUACGUGUCCAUUUAAAUCCUUUGUAAAAAUCCAUUUCACAAUGUCCUAUCAAUUUGCAACUUCUUAGGGUCAUCAAAGACAUUACCGUGAUGAACCAUGUUAAGUUUGGCAUUGAUAUCGUAAAGGCCGAAUUUAACCGUUUUUAUAUCAAUGUCAAAUCAUUUCUCGUCAACAAUUAAAUAAAUACCUUACUGUAAUAGAUUUCCAUUGAAAUUGACAAUAGUUUUUAGCAAAUAACUAUUUCUCAAGCAAGACCCCAUGGUGUAUGUGGAGAUGGAAAAAAUUAAAAACUAGCUGCUAUUGGCAGGGAGGUUUGGAACUCUUUGUUAUUGGUCUAUUAACCAAUUUACUGCCUGGUGACAUCACCAUGUGGUAAAUUGAACUCCCACCCAUGCAAACCUUCUGAUUAGAACAUUCAGUGUAGCAUUCAUUGUAUUUUCAAAACAUGGCAGAGUUAUUGACACAUUUUUUUUUAUACUGCAAAUCUAUUCCACAGUGGCCUGUCAACGUGAAACUAUUAUUGACAUCCCUAAAAUGAACCACACUUAAUUAUUAUUAACAACUCAUUCUUUUCAUAUGUAACGCUCAUGCUCAAAACCACAUUCUCCUCAUAAAACCAUGCGUCACUUUCACUCCAUAUUUUGAUUGCACUUAAAGGAAGAUGCUUCCAACAUGAUAGAGUGCUUUGUUAUUCAAUUGAUCUUGUGUCCUUUGUCAUCCUGUGAACCCUGUUCAUUGCUGCUGGCAGGCAGUUAUAUUUAUGGAAGAGAUUCUCAAAACAGGAUAAAUCCUUAUGGAUUUUACAGCAGGUUUUCAUCAAUGGUGGACUUGAUCAAUUCAGGCUUACUCUGCUCCAUAUUCAGUGGAGCUCGCCGUUGCAACAUUUUUUGAAACAGAAAACAGAAAUGGGUGUUUCUUAUUCGACCGGUAGUCCAGUAGUCUCUCUUCCAUUUGGUGCCUACCGAACACGGUCACGAUCUACAAUCCUAUAACGGUAUCUAGACACCUGUCCGAUUUGUCCGCUCUCACGCUCAAGUUCCAAAUGAACAUGCUUAGAGUGUCACAAUGCCCUGAGGUUCUGAAUGGACAUGCUUAGAGUGUCACAAUGCCCUGAGGUUCUGAAUGAACAUGCUUAGAGUGUCAAAAUGCCCUGAGGUUCUGAAUGGACAUGCUUAGAGUGUCACAAUGCCUCUGAGGUUCUGAAUGGACAUGCUUAGAGUGUCACAAUGCCUCUGAACGGUGUAGCAGGGAAGGUGAGAUAAGGCAAAGAGACUGGGGUUGGGGGGGUAGCGAUGAAGAAAACACUAUCAUGUCACAGCCUGGAAGCCUUGUAAACAUCUGCAGUGAUUGCACCGUAUUGGUAAGUUCAAAAUUUAAAGCUGUUGUGAUUGUUUUAUCUAUCCUAUGAGGUGUUCUAGCAACCAUGAUGGUUAAAUUUGUUGUUUUUUUAGUUGUUUUUUUUUACGGAAACAUAGCUGUAACAGCAUUGGAAAAUACAGUUAGUGUUGGGAAACGAUUUACAGCAAAGCUGUGGGCACUUGUAAAGAUUCUAAGCCAAGGAGAAUGUCAACUGUUAUUUUGCAUGCAGUGAGUAGAAAUGGAACUGUGGGAAAUCCAGGAUGGAAAAAGCAAGGCAAAAAACAGCUGGGAAACAAAACAAAUCUAGUUUUUGGUUAAGAGCUCUGAUGAGGCCUUAUACAUUUGAUGCUCAUUAGUUGGAGAAAACAUUACACCCUAAAUGGAACCAACACAGUUCUUCUGCAUAUCCUUCUUCCCACUGUCGUGCUGACCCAAACCGUACAAUGUUGGCAAUAUAUAGUUCAAGAGUACAGUAAAAUGUCACUUAAAUCAACAGGUAUAAUGAAGUACAAUGCAGUACAAAUGCUUUUAUCGACAGCAACAUAAUAAGCACCUGCUAAGACCCCCUUAUAAUAUCUUCAGUUUCAGCUCAUACCAAUCUUGAUUUAUUAUCAGCUAUUUUGAGGCUGUUGAAAAAAUGUAUGCCUACAAAUGUCUAAAGUUGAUUACAAACGUAUAAUAUACAUUUUAUUCUAUUAUUCUUUACUAUAAUAAAUCGUUAUACUGUUGCCUGGAAGUGAGGAAGACAUGCUUAUACUUCUGCCAUCCACAGUACAGUAUUUGAGUUACAUAAAAACAAUAAAACCUUGUAUAGGAUUCUUUUCAGUUAGAAAAACACAUUUAAUAAAUACCUUUCUGGGUUUUCAAUGAUUACAUUUCAGCUAAUCUCUACCACAACUGAUAAUUAAGUAAUUCUGCUUCCUAAGUGAUGAUAAUGAAGAUUGAGGUUAUUUUCUUUAGUGAUGGCUGUCAUCGUUAAGGAAACACAAUUAUUUGUUAACAGUCUUUGCUAAAUGGAAUUUUAAAGAGAUACCGAAAUCUCGUCAGGCCUGGCUCAAAGUUUUAAUAAAUAUACAUUUAAUGAAGCAGAUUGCCAGAGAUCAUCUGCACUUGGAUGAGACACUAGGGGAGAGGCUUCGCUUUACCACACAAAUUAGUGUUUACAAAAAGAUAAAUACACAAAUUAGUGUAUACAAAAAUUAGUGUAUACAAAAAAAUAAAUACACAAAUUAGUGUAUACAAAAAGAUAUAUACACAAAUGAGAACUAUUGUCAAUAAUAUUAUGAGUUUGUUCUGUAUUUCUUUGGUGUAGAAAGUUGUAUUUUAUCCAUGAAGCAUUUCAUUUGCACACACUCUUAAAUGGACUCAGUUGUUGUUCUUGUUACGGUAUUAGAAUACUGCAAACCCUUAGGUUUGCCACGAAAUAUUGAUGUCAUAAUUCAUUUAUUAAAAGAACUUAAGAAUUUCGGAGUACCUGCACUUCUCUUUCAUUGGGAUAUUUAUUUUUCCUAUUUUACAUUAUGGAAACAACUUCAUGAUAAUUUGGUUGAUGUUUUUUUUUUGUGGGGGGGGGGGUUGUUACGAAAGCAUUGUAUGUACGCACGGCUUGUUUUCACUCUGAUCUAAGGAAUAUGACACCUGGUGAAUAUCAAAGUGGCCUUGCCUGUUAGGAAAAGAGAAAAUGGACAACUGGUGUCAAGUGGCUGAUAAGGUGUUCACAUGAGGACAUCCUCAGUCUCAGCAGGACCUGUGUCCGUCUCACCGUAGACUGACGCCAUUCUGAACCCCAACACAACUCAACACUACUCAGCAGACAAUCACUGCUCUGUUUUUUCCCUCAGCCCAGCCAGUCUUGUGUAUUUGUGCAUAGAGAGAGGAAACUGAAACUCACAUUGUUUUGUAAAGGAACUGUAAAGGAAAUGCCGACAAUGGCUCUUGACUGUAAGUCACCUGUUCAACUUUCAAUAAAGUCCUAAAUAUGG